AUGUUAUUAGCAAAAUCAAAUUGCUUACCAAAUGCAAAAAUGUCACUUGAAGAAGAACAAUGCUUCUAUGCAAUAAGUUAUUUGAUAGCACAUUUAUGUUUGUAUCGAAAUGAAACAUUGGUUAACUUUUAUUUACAGAGUACAACAAAACAUCCACGAGAAUUUGAAUUACCUAUUGAUCAGCAUGUUACGGACAAAAUUUCUUUAAUCAAUCAUAGUCCACAUGUGGAAUUACGAAAGACGAAAAUUAUCGCCGAUAAAUUAAUCAAUAAUUUAAUGGAUGAAAAACCAAGCACACUUCCUAUUUCUGAUUCGAAUGGUUCUCACACCUCUGCUUGCGCUAUCAAAAAGUCCUAUGAAGACAUAUUUUUAACCAAACAAAUUCUCGUGAAAUUGGCUUGUUCAAUUUCUGAUUUAGCUGAAAAUGAAUAUGGGCCAUACCACGUUAAAUAUAAAGUUAUUGAUCGUCUUGUUCGUCUUUGCACAAAAUUGACCGAAAUUGAUGUUGAUUUAUUGUUGCAUCCUAUUAUACAAUGCCUUCAUUCGAAAUUUUAUUUAGCUAUUUUCGAUACAGUCAAUCUUAGACAACCAAUAUUUGAUCCUAAACAAUCAUUUUUCAUUCGUGAAUGCUUUAAUUUUAUUGAUCAACAUGGAUAUAAACAGCAAACGAAAAUAGCUGAAAAGUUAUGUAAACAGAUGCUUGAAAAUACUAAAGAUAUCUUUGCUAAGCAUUUACCGAUUGUUGUCGAAUCGGAUGAGAUCAGUGAAAAGGCUGACAUAUAUGCUAACAAGAAAAGUAAAGAAAAAGGAGCACGAAUGCAAGCGCUAUCUCAUCAUAUUAAACUAUUAAAUUAUUUUUCAUUAACACCAUCAACAAGAAAAGAAUUUAUCUCGCAAACAAUUAUCGAUGAUAUUCUAUGUAUAUUAAACACAGAAUCUCUCAUCGAAAGUGUUCAUCAACAUUCUCAAUUAUUUCACGUCGAUGUUGGUGUUAUUGCUUGGUCUCUUACUUUAUUGUAUAAUUUGAUGUUUGAUAAAGAUUUAUUCAAAAAACUUAAAGAAAAAAAUACUCUCCGUAUCUGUGAACAAUUACAUACAGCUAAAGAUGAUACCAUUCAUUUUACAUCACAAAAUCUAAUAACAUUGUUGAAUCAAGAAGAAGUCGAUGAAAUUCAAGAUCCACAUCGUUUUACCAGAGGUUAUUUAUAUUAUAUUAAAAAUACGCUUGGCCAACCGAAUCAAACAUUUCAUGGAAUUCAAUUGGAGAGCACUUUAAAAACUUUUGAAACCAUCUCUCAAAACGAAAAUAUCCAAGAAGAGAUUGUCAACGAUGAACAAGGUAUUCAAUUGCUGGCUGAAUGUGUCUGUGAUCCCAAACUCAACGAGAAAACUGUACAACAACCGGCUAUGCGCAUAAUAUUUACUAUUUCGUUUGUUGGUGAACAUGCUAUUGAAAAAAUUAAAGAGAUCGAUCAAUUAAUGGAAAAUAUUGUAAAAGCUACUACAUCAACUGAAAUUUCUAAAGAAAGAGCAGCAAAUGGCAUCAUGUGGAAUAUUGAGAAUGAACAAAAAUUCAUUGAAAAAACAAUCAAAGAAGAAAAUAAAAAAAAAGAAGUGAAACCACAGUUGAUAAGACCGUCGACACCUCCACCAUUAUUACAAGCAAAAAUUUCGAAAGAUAUAACGAAACUAGAAGAUGCAUAUAAAUAUAUUCCAGGUGAUUACCAAGGAUGGGACAAUUUAUUAUCUCAACCAUCAAAGUCAAAACCAGCUCCGAAAGAACCAAAUAAACCAGAAAUAUUUGAUUUAAUGAUUAGUUAUUGCCAUGCACAACGUGAUAUAUGCCAUCGUUUGUAUGACUGUCUUGUGAAUGAUCAAUUUCAUGUGUGGAUUGAUAAAGAAAAUAUGUACGGCUCAGUACUUGAAUCAAUGGCUGAAGCCAUUGAAAGUUCGGAUGUCAUUCUUAUGUGUAUGUCAACUAAAUACAAAGAGUCAAAUGCAUGUAAAUUAGAAGCUAAAUAUGCAUGGAAACGAAAAAAGAAAACGAUACCAAUUAAAGUUGAAGAAAAAUAUGAUCCCAUUGGCUGGUUAGGAAUAUUGUGUAGUGAUGACUCUUAUAUUGACUUUAUGAAACUUGGCUUCGAUAAAGCAUACAAAGAACUGUUGAAAGAAAUAAGAAUGAUUCAAAACUCGGAUCGAAAAUAA